UACUCAAAGCUGCAGCGCAGAGAGGAGAGAAGCAUGCUUCUCCCUGACUGCACUGCCAGUAUGAAUGCUUGUAACCUUGACAGCAGAUUCUAGAUUCAGAAGUCAGAACACAGAUUAAAAAUUGCUAACAAUUAGCAUCGAUUGUAUUAGUUUUGCCUCCAAUUUUGUUUUGUGUGUUUUUUUUUAUUCUCUUUAUACAUUCUUUCCAGUGAUAAAAUUGUAUACAAUAUAUCAGUUUUCCUCGUGCUGGCAUCACAAUGUGUGGAAUUUUUUGUUCUAUAUAUCAACCCGGACAAGACUCUGAAUCCUCUAAACAGUGGAAUAUUUGCAAGGAUGCAAUAUCUGCAAGAGGCCCUGAUUAUUUCAUGGAGAAACAUUUGACAUUGAGUCAUGACUGGCACGGAUAUUUUGCUGCCGCAGUGUUAUGGAUGCAAGGAUUAAGAAUAACGAUGCAACCAAGUUUGGAUGAUAAUGAUAACUUGUUACUUUGGAAUGGAGAUCUUUUCUCGGGUUGUUUGGCAAAAGACGAUGUUUGUGAUACAAAUAUCAUAUUAGCCGAAUUACAAUCGACUACAGAUAUCAUGUCUGUGCUUCGAAAGAUCGAAGGCCCUUACUGUUUAGUGUACUAUCAAAAAUCAAGCAAUAUGUUAUAUUUUGGACGAGAUAUUAUCGGACGGCACAGUUUACUUUUGAAAGUAGAUAACAAAACAAAUUCAUUGACUUUAGCCUCAGUUGCAAAUAAAAAAAUUAGGGGAAUUGUAGAAGUACCAGCUAUAGGUAUCUUUGCAAUAAAUUUAAAUACGUCACGAAUAAAUUUAGCAUGCUAUCCAUGGAAAGAACCUGACUUGAGGUUUACGGAUGUUAUUGAAAUUUUGGAGACAAAUUUAAAUGUAGAUAUUGACAUUAAAGAGACUAUAUUGAACACUUGUUCGUCGGCGCUGAUAAAUUUACAUCUGCAUCCUAAUCCAAAAGAUGUGGAAUAUCUAGAAAAUGUACCAUGUAGUAAGAAUUUUAAUGAAGUAUUGCAAUAUCUAUUGAAAAAUGCAGAGGUAAAUGAAAGAGUCGAAUGUUUGACGGAACUCCUGCAUCAGUCUGUGAAAAUCAGAGUAAAAAAGAAACCAAAUUAUUGCAAUAACUGCAUGAAAAUCGUGCUAAGCGGCGAAAGUGUUACUUGCACCCAUUCCAAAAUCGGUAUAUUAUUUUCUGGUGGCUUAGACUCAGCAAUUUUAACAGCAAUUGCUGACAAAUACGUUCCAGAAGACGAAAGUAUCGAUCUUAUUAAUGUUGCAUUUGAAAGAUCUGGAAGCACAAACCAGAACACAAGUCACAGCGAAAAGGGAAAUACAACGCAAAAAUAUGAUGUACCAGACAGAAAAACUGGACGACAAACAUACUCGGAAUUAUUGCAAAUUUGUCCCAACAGGAAAUGGAAUUUUAUACAAUGUAACAUUACGCAAGUGGAAUUGCAGCUGUAUCGUGCAUCGCGAAUUUGUGAUUUAUUGCAUCCAUUAUGUACAAUCCUGGAUGAGAGUCUAGGGUGUGCCAUGUGGUUUGCAAGUCGAGCAAAAGGUGUUCUCUACCCAUGCAACGAAGCGUAUGAGUCGCCAUGCAGGAUAUUGCUUUUAGGUAUAGGCGCUGAUGAAUUAUUUGGUGGAUACAUGAGACAUAGAACUAUAUUGAGACAUAAAGGAUGGGAUGCGCUGGUACAAGAAUUAAAUAUCGAAUUGGCCAGGAUUUCCGAAAGAAAUUUAGGUCGGGACGAUCGGAUUGUCUCUGAUCAUGGGAAACAAUCCCGUUUGCCGUAUCUCGACGAAAAUCUAGUGAAAUAUGUGCAGCGUAUAAAACCAUGGGAGAGAUGUUAUCCGACUGAAAAAAUGCCAAGUGGAUUGGGAGAUAAGUUAUUAUUACGUUUGCUAGCCUGUAAGAUUGGUUUUCAAUGUACAGCUAAUUUUCCUAAAAGAGCUUUCCAGUUUGGCUCGCGAAUUGCAAAUAGUAAAGAAAAUGCUAAUGAUAUAUCAAAUAGAUUAUAAAAUGUAAGUAAUAUACUGUUUUUACCUUUUGCAAGUAUUGUCUGUGCAUUACAGAAAAAAAA